CUGAUCGCUGCCUGCCUGGUGCCUUCGCUGGCUGCCCAGGGCGCCCCACGCGCCACCAGGACCGCCUUCGGGCCGCAGCGGCCGUCGUCGCCGCGGCCCUGCGGCCCAGCGCAGGGCGGGGCUCCAGACCCCUCCGCGGCCGCGGCCGCGGCGGGGCCGCUGGCCCUCUCCGCGCUCGUGGCAGAGAGGCUGGCCCUGGCGGGGGAUCCCGCGGGUGCGGACGGGCCGCCUGCGGCGGGCCUCGCGUCGUGGGCGGAGGGCGACGCGGCGCUGUUCCGGCUGCGCCGCGGCCCGAGGUACCGCGCCCUGCGGCGGAAGGGGCCAGCCGGCACCCCGCUCUACCGCUGCGUCGGAGCUGACGUGGUGCGGGGCGGCGCGCAGAUCCGCAGCGCCCUCUCACAGCUGCGGGGUCGGGCCGGUCCUGGCGGCGCCGCGGACGCCGCCCGCGCGCCGGCGCCGCUGCCGAGGUUCGUGCUGGUGAACUUUCAGGUCCCGCACCAGGCCGGGCCGGUGUACGGCGACCACCCGCCGGGGGACACGGGCACCAGCGUGUUGCUCUUCUUCGAGGUGCGGCCCGAGGCGGCGUCCCUCUCGCGGAGCCUGGACGCGGCGCCCGCCGGCGUCCGUCUGCUGGCGCGGUUCCUGAGGGAGGGUGGCCACCCGAAGGCCGAGGGCACGAUGGUCAGCAGUUGCUUCAAGGCCGUUGGCGUCCUGGAGAACCUGGAGUGCCUCGACAUCCCCGCGUUCAUGAUGCCAGCUGUCCGCGCCUUCAACGGGAAGCCCGUGCUGGUGGAGAAGGAGAGCCAGAGGUACACUCUGGGGCCGGAUGUCGUGGAGCUGGCGACAUCAGGGGCUUCAACCCCGUGGCACGGUCGAUGCUGUGCCGCCUGGGAGGCCAGCUGA